AUGUCCGAUGCGACCAAAGGUGUGGCACUGAAAAAGGAUAGACAGCAGUGCCAUCAGGCUCGAGACGAUUAUUUACGUUGUCUUGAUAGAGAACUUGACGCAGGGAAGGCAGAAGAGCAGGCAUCCCGAACUUGUCGAGCUGAAUUGCGAUCAUUUGAAAGUGCCUGUCCAGCUUCUUGGGUGAAACAUUUCAUAAGGAAGCACGGUUUUGAACGCUACAAGCACCAGCUGGCCGAACAAGGUGUCAAUAUAGCCGAUAAGAAUGCUCUCGGUGACGACAAGAAUUAG